AUUUAAGCGGAAAUUAUGACAUGAAGGUCAUUGCACGUUAUACCGUAAAUACUGAAGUCUUCCCUCAUUUUACCUACUGCAAUGACCACUCCAAUUACAUCAUGUAUUAACGAACCAGAAUUUGCUGAUGUUUAUCCCCCAUCUGAAGAUUCUUAUUUAUUCUUGGAUGCUUUGGAAUCAGAUGCAGAAUUUUUGUCCAAAUUGAGCCCCAGUAUAACGCUUGAGAUUGGAAGUGGUAGUGGAGUUAUAAGUGCAUUUCUGUGCUCACAUAUUUUGAAACCAUUAUUUCAUAUAUGUACGGAUAUAUCAUUUGCUGCAUGUCGUGCUUCUCAGCGUGUACUUGACCAUAAUGUUCCUAGUUCAUCUGUUGCAUAUAAUGCAAUUAACUGCUCAUUAGCAACUCCUCUUUUGCCUAGACUUCACCAAAAAGUGGAUUUAAUCCUGUUCAAUCCUCCUUAUGUACCAACUUCUUCAGAAGAAUACGAAGCUGCUAAUUCUUCUAUAGUCGCUGCAUGGUCUGGUGGCCUACUGGGAAGACAAGUGAUUGACCCCUUUUUAAGUCAAGCUGUUGAUCUACUCUCUGAACAAGGUUGUAUUUAUUUAUUACUAUCGGCAGACAAUCGUAUCGAUGAAGUACAUGAACUAGUCAACAAGUUGUCAAAUGGUAGACUUCAAUCAAAACGAAUACUACACAGACGAUCGCAUAAUGAAUUUUUAACUGUUUUUCGGUACAGUGUUUAAACUUUGUAAAUAUAUAAUUUAUACACACUUA